AUGGCUCAAGAAUCUGACAAGUAUCGACUCCUUUUUGAGGAACAAAAAAAGCUCCGAGAGGAAACUGAACAACGCCUGCGUGCUACACAACAAGACCUACACACUGCGCAACAAAGUCUCCACGACGAAAGAGAGCAGAUACGACCGACCACCAUCUUUGAGUUCCUUGAUGGCUGCCACACCCAUUUGUUCCGCGGACUUACCGUUCGUAAUCCCAAGGACUCGACAAAGGGUGACUUAUCGAAUCCGGAUGGCAAACUUCGCCCUGAGAGAAUUCGACAGUGGCCUGACUUUGCUGCAGAACAAGGGCGCAUUUGGAAAGAUCUCAUUGGGAUGGAUUUUGUCCUAGAGCGCCACUUCAAAUCACUACAUGGGCUGGCGGAAUCUGGAGCAGAAUUACGGACCGAGAAGACAGGGUCUGAAUUGGACCUUCGACAGUUUCAGCAUGAGACUCUCACUCGCCCGGUUCGUUCGGUGGUCACGAAACUGCACUCAAACAUACAAAUACGCCAGCACUUCCGCCUCUUGGGCAGCAUCACCUUUGAGAAUCACGGAAACACACUGAGUGAAGAAUCUACUGAAACCAGGUCACUCGAGGGACCACCACGUCCCACAAAGCUUCGAAAAACUGGUCGAGCUGAUGCCACGCCCGUUACAACACCGCGCUCUUCCCGCCCCCUGGCGGAUGAGUUCUGCAUAUAUAACAAGGGUGACGGCGAAAAUGUGCCCGCAUAUAUUGUGGAGCUUAAAGCACCGCAUAAGCUACCACUGUCGACAAUCAACUCCAUGCUGCAUGACAUGGACCUUGAAGAUGUGCUCCUGCAUACACCCGACGAGCCUGAAGAGAUUGCAUGUCGUCGUGAGAUGGCCGCUGUGAUCACCCAGGCAUUCUCCUACAUGAUCAAGUCCGGAGUGGGGUAUGGGUAUGUGUGCACAGGAGAGGCUUUCAUCUUUCUUCACGUUGGCAAGGACCCAACAACUGUAUUUUACUACCUCUCCACCCCGGGCAAGGAUGUGGGGGAAACCACUGGGUAUACCGGCCGAACGGAUUCUCCCAACAAGCUGCAUUUGACGGCUGUUGGCCAGGUGCUUGCCUUCACCCUCAAGGCGAUGCAGGUAGAGCCCUAUUGCCAAUCUUGGCGAACAGAGGCGGAAGCCCAGCUGAAGCCGUGGAGGCUCAUAUACCAGGAUGAUGCCAUUGUUUCUUCGCCACGGACGGUGACGACGCAGGAAUACACACCAGAACAUCAAAACCGAGUGGACUAUGCCAGAAGCUCACCCAUUGUGACAAGGUCUAAAAAACCUCUACUUCUGCGAUCGUCGCCGUGCAAUCCAUCGCAGGCGUCGUCGCGAAGUCCGGUGGAUAGCAGCGAUGAAGACCCCACGGACGUGAUGGACUCCCCGAGCAAAGCACCGCGUAGCUCGGCAAAUGUUAUGGUUGUGAUCCCAUCUCGCUCCAGCGACCGGUCGUCGUUCCAGAGGUACUCCGAAAACCAGGGUAGGUCGCGGCCGUACUGUACCCACAAGUGUCUUCUCGGAUUAUCCAAAGAAGGGCCAUUGGACGAGGCAUGCCCCAACAUCGCUGACCAUGGAACCGGCCAGCAUCAGAUCAACCUGUCUAAGUUUUCAGUUCUCCUACACGAACAGCUGCUGAACAAGGCCAAGCGCAUCUCUGAUCCUUACGAGUCCGAUGGGUGCGAGUCGCUUCACAUCCAUGGCUCUCGCGGGGCGCUGUUUGAAGUUGUGCUCAUGCCGUAUGGAUAUAAACUGGUGGGUAAGGGGUUCCCGCCCGGAUUGUCGAGUUAUUUACUGCAUGAGAAUGCUGUCUAUGGGCGUCUUCGCCCCAUCCAGGGUCGUCACAUCCCUGUGUGUCUCGGGAUCCUGGAUCUCUCCAAGCGACCUCUCUUCUAUGAUGGAAUUGCUAGGAUUCCUCGCCUUUUACUUCUCAGCCAUGCUGGAAUUCCUCUUCCGUGCUCUGAUGUUGGCAGCAAAAUUAUCCAUAAUACGGCGACAUCGUCACUUCAGGCGAUUCACCAGCUUGGGGUGUACCAUGGCGAUGCCUUUGUCCAUAACAUGUUCUGGAGUAUAGAGAACCAGAGCGUGAUGUUUAUUGACUUUGAGCGAGCUCAGAUCUGGAAUUCUAGGCCCAGUCUACAGGUCACGUCGCUGAACGGAAAGCGCAAGAAGCUGAAUGCAAAGCAGGUCACCAAGAUGCAGUUAAAGUCCGAAAUGCUAAGAAUGCAAAUCAACCUCGAUGGCUAGGGAUGAGGUUUCUAAACCUAUAUUUGCAAAUAAUCGCAUAUGAAUGCAAAGUGAUUUCGCUGCAGGGGAAUAAUUGUUUGGAUUCGCUAAGCUACCUAAAGGGGGAUUUCGCCUAAUCUAUGUGGGUCAUGUGAGUGAGGUGCUAGUUGGAUUACCUAACACCCCCAAUGCAAUGAGCUCCAGCAGCAAGUGAGCCACAAUAGAUCCAAAGCUUCCAAAUUGUCAUGGGCCAAGCUGAAGUUACUAGCUAAAGGCUCUAUAUACAUGAAUGUAUUGCUUGAGAAAGAAGA